AUGCAUUACCCAGUGCCGUGUGAAGUUGCCAAAAUGUGGUUGCAAAGGCCCGAAUUAUUGGCGACUACUUCAUGGAUUAAAUUGAACACCAAGGCGUGUCCACUCUGCAAAAUCCUGAUUGAAAAGAAUGAAGGAUGUAAUCAUAUGACAUGUCGCAGUUGCCAGCACCAAUUCUGUUGGGUUUGUAUGGGACCAUGGAAAGUUCAUGGAACAUCUUAUUAUGAAUGCAAUAAUUCAUCCAAUUUCCAUGUUAAGCCAGGAAAAUACAAUAAUAAGGAGGCAAAAGAAAGGCCAACCCAAUAUGUUCAUAGCUUCGAGGUUCGACAGGCAUCUAUCAAUGCGCUUUGUAUCAUCCAUGAAAGAAUAUUUGAUGAAAUUGAAUUGCUACAAACGACCAAGAAAAUCAAGUGGGGGGAAGGGCAGGCUUUGAAGAAAUCCAUUUCCCAAUUCAUAAAUGUUGAGUCGACUUUACGAUGGUCAUAUAAAUAA